UUAUUUCUAAACGAAAACAUCGGCUGGAAAGAGUCCAGUUUUCGCUAUUUCCGUCGCCGGCGAUUCGUAAUUCACGCGACUGCGCGUGCAAAUGAUACGGAGAGAGGUAAAACCGCCGAAGAUCAAUAUGACCGAUAUUGUCGGACGCACGUGAACGUCUCGUCUGGUUUCGCGCGAAUGACGUAACGGCAAGCGGCAUUAUAACACAAAAAUGGCCGGCGCCGUGUGGGCCGAGGACGAGGUAGGGCGAAAGUGGGACCGUUGCUUCACAGAUGCUAUCCUUAAGUUCGGUGGUGGCAUGAUCCUCGGCGGAGUGUUUUCUCUAUUUUUCUUCAAAAGAAGAAAGUGGCCCAUUAUAACCGGAGGUAGCUUUGGAUUAGGUAUGGCAUAUUCCAAUUGCGAGGAAGAUAUCAAUGCAUCAAUACGCCAACAGAAAUCCAGAAUUUGUAAAUCUGAAGAAAAGAAAUAAUUUUAGAACAAAUUGUAAAAACAAAAUUAAAGUUAUU